GGACGGCCGCGCUCCUGGUUAAGCUCUGUGCACUUCUUUCCCGUACCGGUUGUGUCCCGCUGCCGCCUCCUGCGCCCCCGCUCCGGCCCGUGGUGCAUCCGGACCAGCACCAUGUCGCUGUCGCGCUCGGAGGAGAUGCACCGACUCACGGAAAAUGUCUACAAGACCAUCAUGGAGCAGUUCAACCCCAGCCUGAGGAACUUCAUCGCCAUGGGGAAGAACUAUGAGAAAGCCCUGGCAGGUGUCACCUACGCUGCCAAAGGCUAUUUCGAUGCUCUCGUGAAGAUGGGUGAGCUGGCCAGCGAGAGCCAGGGCUCCAAGGAACUCGGAGACGUGCUCUUCCAGAUGGCCGAGGUCCACAGGCAGAUUCAAAAUCAGCUGGAAGAAAUGCUGAAGUCCUUUCACAACGAGCUACUCACGCAGCUGGAGCAGAAGGUGGAGCUGGACUCCAGGUACCUCAGUGCUGCGCUGAAGAAAUACCAGACGGAGCAGAGGAACAAAGGAGACGCCCUGGACAAGUGCCAGGCCGAGCUGAAGAAGCUCCGCAAGAAGAGCCAGGGCAGCAAGAACCCUCAGAAAUACUCGGACAAGGAGCUGCAGUACAUUGAUGCAAUCAGCAGCAAGCAGGGAGAGCUGGAGAGUCACGUGUCCGACGGCUACAAGACAGCGCUCACCGAGGAGAGGAGGAGGUUCUGCUUCCUGGUGGAGAAGCAGUGUGCCGUGGCCAAGAACUCCGCUGCCUACCACUCCAAGGGCAAGGAGCUGCUGGCACAGAAGCUGCCGCUGUGGCAACAGGCCUGCGCCGACCCCGGCAAGAUCGCAGACCGCGCCGCCCAGCUGGUGCAGCAGAUGGUCAGCAGCAAUGGCGCCCUGUCGGCCUCCAAGUCCAGCCUGGUCAUCUCAGACCCCAUUCCAGGGGCCAAGCCCCUGCCGGUGCCCCCCGAGCUGGCCCCAUUUGUGGGGCGACUGUCUGCUCAGGACAACACACCCAUCAUGAAUGGUGUCUCGGGCCCCGACGGCGAGGACUACAGCCCCUGGGCUGACCGCAAGGUGGUCCAGCCCAAGGCCACGUCUCCUCCGCAGCCUCAGACCAAGCUGAGCGACUCCUACUCCAACACGCUGCCCGUGCGCAAGAGUGUGGCCCCGAAAAACAGCUAUGCCACCACUGAGAACAAGACGCUGCCCCGCUCCAGCUCCAUGGCAGCCGGCCUGGAACGCAAUGGUCGCACGCGGGUGAAGGCCAUUUUCUCCCAUGCGGCCGGCGACAACAGCACCCUGCUGAGCUUCAAGGAGGGUGACCUCAUCACCCUGCUGGUGCCUGAGGCCCGGGAUGGCUGGCACUACGGCGAGAGCGAGAAGACCAAGAUGCGAGGCUGGUUCCCCUUCUCCUACACCAGAGUCCUGGACAGCGAUGGCAGCGACAGGUUACACAUGAGCCUCCAGCAAGGGAAGAGCAGCAGCACUGGCAAUCUCCUGGACAAGGACGAUCUGGCGCUGCCGCCCCCCGACUAUGGCACGUCGUCCCGAGCCUUCCCCACGCAGACAGCCAGCACCUUCAAGCAGCGGCCCUACAGCGUGGCCGUGCCCGCCUUCUCCCAGGGUCUGGAUGACUACGGGGCACGGGCCGUGAGCAGCACUGAUGUGGAAGUGGCCAGAUUUUGAGCUGCCCGUCUAGAGUUAGAAUCCCUUCACCAGCGUCCACCUGAGGCCGACAGUGACCAAUGACAGGUCUGCCCCCCUCCUCAGCUGACAACACAUCUGCACCCACUCCCCGCCGGGCCCUUCCUCCCCCACGCCACAUGUAAGCUCUUUUGUUACAGUCUGCACAGCCCCCUUUAGAGAAUGUUCUCCUUCCAUACCCUGCACCUGCCGACGCUGCCCCCACCUCAGUGUGGCCUGGGCUGGACCCUGGCUGUUCCUGCGGACAAGGCAUCUUGGGGCCAUGGCCGAGGAGAACACAAGGGGGCUGGCUGGAGCCGGGACCUGCUGGGUGGGCCGGGGGUCGUGGAGCCCAGCGGGAGCAGGAGGGGCAUUGUCAGCUGUGGCUGGAAGGGGUGCCCAGCUCCCACGCUACGCGUAGCUCCUAAGUGCCUGGUCAAUAAACAGACUGUCCCACCUAUGCCCAGCUGU